CACAGACACGGGAAGUAGGGCUGCACGAUAUUGGAAAAAACUCACAUUGCGAUAUUUUGUAUUUCUGCGAUAUAUAUUGCGAUAUGAAAAAAAAAAAAAAAAAAACUCCAGAUGACUUGAAAAGCUCUAUUUGGAAAAAAAAUAUUGUAGAUGAGUAAAUCAGCAUAGAAAAAUGAACAAAUUACAAACAUAGAUAAAUAUAAUAGAACAAAGAUAUAAAAUAAAUAAACAGUGCUUUAUAUGUUGAAUGAGAGAGACCGCGAUCUAACAAACUGCUCCAUAUAACAAAGCACUGUAAGCAAUAACGAUUAAAACAUCUAAUUGCCAGAUUCCCAGUGUCCUACCUAUAAUUAUUUUUUUAUGUACAAAUACAAAUCUUUAAAGCCAGUUUUCUAAGUUUCGCACUAGUGAGUUUCACACUCUGGAGCAGCAGAGCUCGCGGCAGUCCACCUGUCACUCAAGUGACCACGCCCUUAAUUAUGCAGAACUUUAAGGCUUAAUAUAAUUUAAACGGAUGAGUUAUAAAAAAAUUCACCCCCCUCACAGUUGUCACGAAGGGCAAAAUUAGCUAUAUAGACCAAAAUAAUUUUUUGUACCAGGCUGUAAACAUGUUUUUUUUCUGCUGUAAAGUUGGGCAUUUUAACAUUUUGGAGCCAGCCUCCAGCGGCCAGUCGAUGAACUGCAGUUUUAGUCACUUCCGUGUUGGUUUCACUAGAGGCAGCGGGAGGUUGCCACUUGGGCGCGAGACGCCAAAUCCUUGCGAGCGAACUUGAUCUCAGAGUCUCUGGUAGUGUGUGUCUGUGCCACCACAGGACAGGGGGAUCCUCCAGACAAUAUGAAGAAAUUCUGGCGAUUCCUGUUCAGGAAGUCUUUGCCUGCUGAUUCUCUUUGUCGUCUUGACUGUGCUGUGCUGGGCCUUGGAGACUCCUCUUAUCCAAAGUUUAACUUCAUUGCUAAGAAGCUCCAUAAGCGUUUGCUUCAGCUUGGUACUAAUAUGCUGCUGCCUGUUGGACUGGCUGAUGAUCAACAUGAUCUGGGGCCAGAUGGUGUGAUUGACCCCUGGUUGAUUUCGUUCUGGCAGAAAACCCUGUCUCUCUACCCUCCUCCAGCUGGCCUUGCUCCACUCCGUGAGGAAGAAAAACUUCCACCCCGAUACGUUUUCCACUUCCUAGAUGAAGUCCCAGACAAGCAGACUGAGCAUCUCCAGACCCCUGAUAAUAAGGCCCCUCCCACCCCACUGCAGCCUUUUCCAGCUCGAGUUGUGUUCAAUCAGAGAGUGACUCAUCCUUCACACUUCCAGGAUGUCAGGCAUAUCGAGUUCGACAUCACCGGCUCCAACAUUCAGUACAGUGCAGGGGAUGUUGUAAUGAUGAGACCCUGUAACGAUGCAGAGGAUGUGGAGCAGUUCUGCCAACUACUGAAACUUACUGACCCGGAGACAUACUUCACACUAACUCCCACUGACAGCAGCACAGCAGUCCCUGAGCGUCUUCCUCAGCCCUGCUCUGUUCGCUUUCUGGUGGAACAGUUCCUGGACAUUUCUGCUGUUCCACGGCGUUCCUUCUUUGAGGUGUUGGCCACUUUUGCCACUAAUGAGCUGGAGCGUGAUAAACUUUUGGAGUUCAGUUCCGCUCAGGGUCAGGACGCUCUUCACUCCUACUGCAACCGACCCCGUCGAACAGCCCUGGAGGUACUGGCAGACUUCCCUCAUACCACAGCCGAGUUGAGCAUUGACUACUUGUUGGAUCUUUUUCCAGAAAUUCAGCCUCGCUCCUUCUCUAUUGCCUCGUCGCUCUUGCAACAGCCUAACCGCAUCCAGAUUUUGGUUGCCGUGGUGAAAUAUAAAAGCUUGCUUUUUAAGCCACGCAAAGGCCUCUGCUCUUCUUGGCUGGCAUCUCUGGACCCUUCUAACGGAGAUGUUUACGUACCGCUUUGGGUGAAGAAGGGAAGUUUGAGUUUCCCUCAGGACCCAGACACCCCUGUUAUAAUGGUGGGACCAGGGACUGGUGUGGCUCCCUUCAGAUCUGCCAUACAGGAGAGGGCUGCUCAGGGGAAGAUGGCGAAUGUGCUAUUCUUUGGCUGUCGGUCUGAAUCAAAAGACUUCUACUGUCGAUCAGAAUGGGAGGAGAAGGUACAGGCGGGCCAGAUGAUCCUUGUCACAGCCUUCUCCAGAGAUCAGGAGGAAAAAAUCUAUGUUCAGCAACGUGUGAAGGAACAAAGCAAACUUUUAUGGGAUCUGAUAGCAAAGAAGAAUGCGUUCUUUUACAUAGCUGGGAAUGCCAAGCAGAUGCCCACAAGUGUGUGUGACGCACUGAAAGAAGCAUUCCAGAAAGAGGGUGGCAUGUCUGAAAACCAGGCACAGGAGAUGCUGGAUGCCAUGGAGAAAACAAAACGCUUUCAAAGUGAAACCUGGUCCUGAUCUCUCUCUCUCUAUUACACACAUAGCCUUAAUAACCAACAGCCUCGUGUGAAAGUGAGUCCAAGAGAUUAAAUGGUGUUAAGAGUUGUGGUCCGACCACUUUCUUCUUCUGAGUUGUUUCCCCACUACCUUGGACAAUGCAGCUGGGACCUGUAAGUGUAACUGAAAUUAAUAUGAACACACAUAACUAGACCAUGAUAUUAACUGUAAACUAGGUAGUUACUGCUUCCAGUUUUGUUGUAUAAAACUGAAGGAUAAAGUGAUAAAGACUUGAAACCAAAGUUGGAAAUAAUUCAAUUCUUCGUUUUUUUUUUUUUUUUCAUAAAAUAAAUAUUGACCAAAAUAUGUCCAUACCAGUCUCAAACUUGUAUAUUCUGCAUUAGUGGUUCUCAAUCAGAGGACCUCCACGGACUCUCAAGGUGGCCAUAAAUUUAUAAAACAUUAUUAAUAUAUAUUAAAAUAAUCCAAAUAUGACAAAUUAAAAAUAUCAAGAUGGGAGCUGAAGUCAUUUUUAUUUUCCCUCAAUAACUAUUUUUCUGAAACAAUAGUACUAAAGUCAUUAAAUACAUCAAUAAAAUGUUUGAAAACAAGCAGCUGU